AUGAAGAAAGCACAGAUCUGCAAAGAGGAGGUUGUCUAUUUGGGACACAAACUGAGAGGUGGGCAGAGAUUGCUCACCCAAGCAAUGAAGCAGAUGAUUCUGGGCAUACCGACCCCCACCAAUAAGAGGGGGGUGCGAGAGUUCCUAGAAUUGGUGGCGUACUGCCACUUAUGGAUCCCUGGGUUUGCAGAAAUUGCUCGACCCCUAUAUGAAGGUGUCCACACAUCGCACUCAGAUUUCCUGAAGAGAGCGUGCAUGAGUGUCCCAGAACUUCACCCUGGGACCCCCGCCACUGCACCCCCGGACCCUCAGAAUUGCACCCCAGCAGCUCAUGCCCAGAGCCCCAGCAGCCUUGGCAAUGCGCCCAGACCCCCAAGACUAGCCCCUGCGCCAUGUGCACCGCCUCGCCCUGGCGCCCUGUGCCUGGUGGGUCUUUGGUUGGCGGCCGCCACCAGGCCUCUGUCCUCGGACCUGGGGCCGCACGUGCACCUGGGCUGGGGCAAUGAAGUCUGCCUGCGACACAUGUAUGCCGUGCCCCCCCCCCGUGGCCAGAGCGCCCACAGUUUGGUGGAGACCGGCUCCGUGGCCCUGAAGACCGUGGCCAUCAAAGGGGUGCAGAGCUCACGUUACCUCUGCAUGGGUGCUGGGCAGCUGCAGUACUCCUCUGAGGAUUGUGCCUUCCUGGAGCAGCUGCAAGACCACCACACCAUGUACCUGUCCUGCCAGCACCAGCGGCCCAUGUCCCUGGGCACCACCUGCCAGAGGGCCCCGGCCCUGUCCCACUUCCUGCCCCUGCUGCCGGGAGCCUGGCUGGCCCCGCCCCAUCGGCCCCCCCCCCAGUCUGCUCCUCUGGAGACAGACAACAUGAGCCCCUUUGGCCUGGCUGGCCACCUGGAGCAGGUGAAGAGCCCUAGCUUCCAGGAGUGA